AUGAACACUUUCGCUUGCGUCCUCCUUUUGGCUGCGGCGGUGGUAGCUGAGCUGCCACGCUCGAGGGAAGCUAGAUUUAGAUCGCAACGACAAGAAGUGGAAGGUAGCGGCGGUGACGCGCCAUACCCGGCUGCCGGUUGGAGACCGGCUAAGGAAUUCAACUUACCAACCCGUCAGAGCCCACCUGCCACAUCGUACGGCGUUCCCGAUGAUAGCUACGGCGCUCCCUUUAACACGUACUCCCCGCCUAAAGAAUAUGGUGUCCCAGAAGAACCUAAAGAGGAUAAAGAAGAAGCAGAAAACGUUCAAGAGAAAGAGACUGCAAACCUUGAAGAAGAACCAAAACAGGACGCCGAGGUGAUAAGCAACCAAGGUGCGUACUACGUGCUGUUGCCUGGAUCGCAGCUCCAAAGAGUCCAGUUUCAGACGGAGAAUGACAUCAGAAACAUGGCUUAUACGGCAAAACUGCAAUACAGGAGUGAAGACAGGGCUCCAAUUUUUGUAUACACGGCGGUUCCACAAUAUCAGAAUGCGGCUUACGUGCGGCUAAUAUGA